AUGCAGGGCUUCAAUAUGGGGAGGUACUACCCCCCCGACAACACCGGCACCCCCACAAACUUCAACAAACACACGCGCACGAAAACCACCCCAACCGUCCGCUUCGAAAUGCCCUUCGCAAUCUGGUGCACAACCUGCACCCCCCACGAGACUAUAAUCGGACAAGGCGUACGCUUCAACGCCGAGAAAAAGAAAGUCGGAAACUACUAUUCCACCCCGAUAUUCAGUUUCCGGAUGAAACAUACCGCGUGCGGGGGGUGGAUUGAGAUUCGCACGGAUCCGAAGAAUACGGCGUAUGUGGUUACCGAGGGGGCGAGGAAGAGGGAGACUGGGGAGGAUCAGGUUCCGGCUGUCGCGGGGUUGGGGGAGAUUGCGCUUAAGCUUGGGAGGGAGGGGAAGGAGGGGGGUGAUGAUCCGUUGGCGAGGUUGGAGGGGAAGGUUGUUGAUAAGAGGCGCGCGGAGACGGAGAGUUCGAGGAUUUUGGAGCUGCAGGAGCGGCAGAGUCGUGACUGGGAUGAUCCGUAUGAGAAGUCGAGGCGGUUGCGGAGGUCGUUUCGGGUUGAGAGGAAACAGCUUGAGCGCACGGAGAAGGGUACGGAGGCGUUGAAGGAUAAGAUGAGUUUGGGGAUUGAGUUGGUUGCCGAGAAUGAGGAAGAUAAGGUGAGGGCUGGGUUGGUGGAUUUCGGUGGUGCUGCUGCUCCCGAGUCUGUGGAGGAUGCGGUGCGGGCUACGCGGUUACGGCCGUUAUUCGCUGUGGAUGCUCGAAAGGAGAAAGAUGGGAAAGAGAAGAAGCAUGGGAGAGUUCGAACGGCGGAUUUACUGGCAAAUCGCAAAGCUGCGUUUCGACACGAGUUGACGGGGAAUACUCGCGCGGCCGUGGAUCCGUUUUUGAAUGCUGUGGAUGAAGAUGCGUGGCAGCCUGAAGUUAAGAGACGGAGGAUAGCAAAGGCGUCUGUUCACGCUGGGACUGAGAAGGACGGGCCGAAUGUCGAGGCCCAAAGCAAUGGCAGGGCUUCUGGACCGCAGCCUCAACCUCAACCCAAGAUGAAAAAGCCGCUUGAAAAGAACCCGGCUCCAGUUGCAUUGGUGGAUUACGGAUCGGAUUCUUCGUAA